AUGACUUAUUACACCAAGUCAGAAGCAAGGCCAGACAUCGGAGAGUUCUAUGGUUUCCACCACGUCCGUUUCUACGUCUCUAACUCAAAACAAGCCGCAGCAUUUUACACAUCAAGAUUCGGAUUCAGCCCAUGUGCAUAUGAAGGGCUUGAAACUGGAAACCAAAAGUUCUGUACCAAUGUCAUCCGAAACAACCAAGUAGUCCUUGCCUUCACAUCAGCUCUCACACCUGAAGAUAAUGAAGUCAAUCGUCACGUCGCCAUGCACAGUGAUGGGGUCCAAGAUAUCGCAUUUAGCGUAAGCGAUGCAAGAGGGAUGUACGAGAAGGCGACAGCUAAAGGCUGCAAAGGAAUCCGUGAGCCACAAGUUUUGCAAGAUGAGUAUGGAUCGGUCGUUAUUGCGUCUCUUCAGACUUAUGGAGAUACCAUCCACACAUUGAUCCAGAACGUUGACUACACAGGACCCUUUUUACCAGGCUAUAGGGCUGUAACCAGAGAUGAUCCUAUAAAUGCGGCUUUCCCUAAAAUUAACUUGGAAGUCAUUGAUCAUAUCGUUGGAAAUCAGCCAGAUGGUGAUAUGACGCCUACAGUGGAGUGGUAUGAGAAGUAUCUUGAAUUCCAUCGAUAUUGGUCAGCUGAUGAAUCUGUAAUACAUACCGAUUAUUCAUCUUUGAGGUCGGUUGUGGUCGCAGAUUGGGAUGAAGUCAUCAAAAUGCCGAUAAAUGAGCCUGCUGAAGGACUCAGAAAAAGCCAAAUUCAAGAAUAUGUUGAAUAUUAUGGUGGAGCAGGUGUACAGCAUAUUGCACUUACUCCUGUUUAGAAGUAUGGAUUUUUCUAAAAAAUUAAUAGGUGUAAAAUUUAAAUAUUAAAUUAAUUCUUAAAAAUUUAUGCUCCCUAUAAUUCUCGCUGAGUUAGAGUUAAUGACAUAAUAUCAACUAUAAGCACUUUAAGGGCUAGAGGUGUUGAGUUCUUAGAAGUUCCUCCUAAAUAUUACGACAGCCUAAGAAAAAGACUUGCACAUUCUUCAAUCCAAGUUCAAGAAGAUUUAGCAAAGAUUGAAGAGCUCCACAUCUUAAUUGAUUUUGAUGAUCGUGGGUAUCUUUUACAAAUUUUCUCAAAGCCAGUCGAAGACAGACCUACACUGUUCUACGAGUUCAUUCAAAGACACAAUAACAAUGGAUUUGGAAUUGGAAAUUUCAAGGCUCUUUUUGAAUCUCUAGAGCAAGAGCAAGAAAAAAGAGGAAACUUGGUUUAA